AAGAUAUGUGGAAUUUUGCAUUUUUCCAUAAACGUAUCUAUUUAAAAAAUGUGUGACAGCAUUAAUUUCAAUUUCUUUUUAGCCUUACGUUUCAAGAUAUAUAGAGUUGCAACUAAAUGUAUGUGCAAACGAAAAUAUUCUUAGUUGAAAAAGAUCGCACGAUAUAUAACACUCUAACUGUCGAUAAAGCGAAAACAAGCAAACAAACGUGAAAGUUGAUUUCGAUAUUUUUUUGGCGAUUAAACGCUUUGCCGAAACCGACAAAUUUUUAUUGAAACAUUCCAAAAAAAUUUCCUGUGAAGUGCUUUUUCUCCUCAAUUUACUUUGGAUUUCUUUGAGAGCGACAAGUUAUUUUCAUUUUUCAUAUAUUUAUUUUGAAUUAUAUAGAGAUGCGCCCCUUUUGAAUUUUUUUGCCGAUACCACACACACACACACACACACACACACGGUGCUAUAGCAUCUCUUUACAUUAAAAAUAUUAGAAUUGCAGUGCAUUUAGCAUCAGCAUAAAUUCUUUUGACUCGCCCUUUUUUAAGCCGAGAUCAAAAAACCUCAGCAACAUUGUAACGCAUUCUUUUCCUGUUUCUGCACUCGCAAAAAAGAUCUUUGUAACAGUAUUAUCAAAAGUUUAUAUUAAAAACAGCGAGAAUAAUACGAGACACGUUUACGAUGCAGAGACGAUCAUCGUAUCCAAAUACAACCAAUAUUCCUUUUGGUGCAAGAAUAUAAAUGGAAACUACUUGUACUUUCUUGGAACUAGAAAUUGUUUAAAUAAAACGUUUAUGUCAAACUCGCCGAAAGUAAUCGAUUUUCCCUGAUGCAUUAAGUAAUCUCUCUAAUUUAAAUUACUCGUCCUGUUUUUAAAAAUUAUCACUCAAAACUACCGUUACGUCGCACAUGCGUUUAUGUAACGUUCGCAAAAUAUCGGUAAGUGUCGGCGAUGUUCGGCGAAAAUCGUGACCUGCGGCGCCUGCGUUCCAGCAGUCCCUCAGCAAUCAACGACAGCGGUGGACGACGGAUGAGACAACGUUCGUUUUGUUUUUUUUUUUCGGACAAACGUGAAAAUGGCACAUCGCGUAGAACAAAGUCAAGCUACGAGAAUCCCCGGCUGCAGCUCCACCGACGAUGAGGACGUCGAUCAUAUUAGUAAUAAGGCGGGUACCAGUCCGACAAGCGAAUUCGAAGAGUCGCUGCAUGCGAUGUCCGAUAUUUAUGGGCAAACGCCACCACGAACUCGUCUCAGUCGUAAGAAAAGACACAUGAAGCAAAAGUACUCAGGCAGCGAUCUGAAAUCUACAGAAAAAGAAACUCGACCAAGGACAACUAUCCGUAGACGCAACACCCUGGAUACCAUUAUUUUCAACGAAAUGUGCGACAAGGCAGACAAAGAUCGCGAAAACGAGACCAAAGAAGACACGAAGGACGGCAGCAGGAAAUGCAAGAGAAUUUUGAAAUUAUUGCGCGGCAACGAAAGAGAUUUGAAGCUUGACAUGGAAGCAGCUUACAAUUAUGCCGAGAAACACAGCGGCGAUAUGGCAUUGACGACACCAAAUCAAAUCAAGAUUGAGACUAGAAAUAGAUUUCGCUGCUUGCGUUCCAAGCCUGUUGGUGUGGAAGAGAAAAAGGCGGAACGAGAAGUUAUCGAAUACAGUAACGUAACGAUAAAUGAACAGAAUCUGUGUUCACAAUCGCCGCGGACACAGAGCUACAAAGAGAGAGAAAUAUUCCACGACACGUUCUCUUUCCUAAUUAGAUUGGGAAGCACAGAGCGAAACUGUCGUCGACAGAUGAGCACCGAGGAAACCAGGUGGCAAAGCGAACUAAAAGAUCUGAUAUGGUUAGAGCUGCAGGCGCAUCACGCAGAUCGUAGUCCAAUGGCGCAAGAUGAAUAUCUGUGUCGUCAACGCGAGGCAGUGGAGGGUUUACUUAAAGAAAUAAUGAAAUACAGAUACGAUCCCAUUGCUGACGUGCAAGAUGGAAACUCAAGUUGCAUCAGCUCCAGCGACGUUGCAAGCGAUCGAUCCACAAAUUCCGGUUCGAGCCCGAACAUCGAACUGGGCGUGUGUCCCGGUUGUCUCUCCAUGUAUUGUCGUGCAUGCGCUCGUGCGCAAUUGGAAGCUUUGCAACAGGUCGAAAGUCUACUGACUCGCUUGGAAGCCGCCGAGGCUUUGUAUCCAUCUUCUCAGGCAUUCGCCACUAAUUAUCCGUUGUACAAAAGUGCAAGGUUUACGGAUCGAGUGAAGGCCAUGUGUCUGUGGUACAACAUGACGAAACAUCAUCGGCUCAAGUUACAAAUAUUAGGAAGAUUGCUAAUGAUGUUGCACAGUAAAAAAAAGGAUGACACUACCGACUCUGGCAUCAGUUCGCGAUCUUCGGACACUGUUGAUUCUACAGAACAACGACACUGUACGGUACGAUUUGAAAUACCUCAUCAUCAAGACGAAACUUCCAGUCCCUCUGACAGUAAUAAUAGCAAUAAUUCUUCGGUCGGAGGUUUGUCAUUUAUAUCGCAGUCACUGCCACCUACCCCGGAAACCUCAUUUUCGUACAUUGAAGACGAAAGAGUCGAUCGGCUCGACUUCUAUUUGGGCGAAUUUGAACGACAUGCUUACAGGAAAUAUAUCGAAGAUGUAUUAAAAACAAGAGGUCUCAGAAAAAGCCUCAAUUUCCUUGAUCGACUGCAUACAUCUAUUUUGAGAAAAGCAAGAUUAACGUUGGAGAAACAUGACGAUGAGAAAUCUAUUGACACGAUGAAUGAAGAAUACGAAGGUGAUAAAGAGUUACGACGAUAUGGUGUUUGGAGUCCUGAGUCGAGGGAAUUGAACUUACCAUCAUACAGAGCGGCUUUCGUGUUUCUCUCGCACGUGCCUCUGGACGUGGUUCACGAGUUUUUGAGGAUGAGAUUGGAACAAAAGCCGGAGCAGCCGAGCCCGUUGUCGGUUCGGCAACUCAUGCGGGAACUGCGCGAGGGCCUUAGAAUUGCCUGUAUUCAUCGCGAUAGAUUUGCCGCACAUUCUCGUGCUGCCGUUGCCAGUGACGAGGCUGGCUGCGAGAUUCUGUUAGACGAGAAUGUUAAAUAUUUCGACGAAAGUCUAAGGGCCGUAUUCGAAGUGUAUUUAGAUUAUCUUCAGCAGUGGGUGGAUAUGGUGCAACACGACAGUUUUCAUAAGAAUCUGAUCAUGGAUGAGUGGUUAUUUGUGAAAUCCAUCGCUGGAAACAUAAGCGACGGAUAUAAGAUUGCUGGUGUGAAAUUCUGUGAGAUUGCACAGACAAUGAUUAAACAAGUCAAUGAAUUUCUUGUUGAACGACCUCGCGAGAUUCGAGAGAACGCGGAGGAGAAAGAAGACGACGAUUUAUCAUGCAACGAAACACUGCUCAGACUGCGUCUGUUUGUGGGACGAGAGUGGCAGGGAAUGUUCGUGGACGCCCGAGAGAAAAUCGUGAAGAGUCUGAACCUUGCCAAAUGUUUGAAACUUGACAUCGAAAAAUGGCCAGUCAGUAAACAAGAAAUGGAAAACACGUUCAAGUCGUUGAAGGAUGUUGUCUUAGAUUUGAGACACCGCAUAACAGUAGUGAUCGAGGAUUUCCAAAGCGAAGCUGACGAAGUGGAGCGAUUGACCAAUGAAAACGAUCAGAUGCCGUUACGAUCGAGGAUCCGCGAAAUUCUCCAUCAAGCUUACAGAACAGGCUUCGAUUUUCACAAAGAGACGUGCAAGUUGUUCUCGCUUGAAGAAAAGGCUAUUCUUGCACGAGGUCUGGUGUCAUUCGCAUUAUUAUGGAUGGAAUUUGUGAGAACUCGGUGCGAACGUGGUCGUGGUCUGAGACCCAGAUGGGCAAAUCAAGGUCUGGAGUUCCUGAUAACGGUGUGCGAACCACACAACACGAAACAUCUCACUGAUCAAGAGUUCGAAGAGUUGAAGACGUGUAUGGAUCGUUGUAUAUCUCACGUAGUGGGAACUGUGUCGAACGCGGGAUCAAUGCCGGAAGCAGAAGGCUUAAGAAGACUAUCGCGAUCAAGAGCUUCAUCACCGAGUCACGGUCGCACUAGAACCGCUAGUUUUAGCCUUUCGCAAAAACCACGAGACGCUUUGAAAUCGCCUGAAUUACUGGUUACGACAAAAAAGAGCAGUUCACCGAGCAUAGUCGACGGAAAUCUUGCGGUGAUAAUAAGUCCUCCUGAGCGGCGAAUGCAGAGACAUGAGAGAGUCGUUCGUGCCAUUAGAAAAAUGGAGAACGAGCUCGACGAGAGAUUGCGAAAUCGAGAACUUAUCGGUCAAGUCAUCGACAGAAAGGCAGUAGAUAGGGUUCACAUUAAAGCGAGACGAGUUACGUUUACGUGGCAGCGGGGUAUUAAAAUAGGCCAGGGAAGAUUCGGUAAAGUGUACACUGUAGUAAAUAACCAAACUGGUGAACUAUUAGCGAUGAAAGAAGUACAACUGCAACCCGGCGAUCACCGAGCGAUUAGACGCGUCGCCGAAGAAUUACAGAUAUUCGAAGGAAUUCAACAUCGACACUUAGUGCGAUAUUACGGACUGGAAAUUCACCGUGAGGAAAUGCUCAUCUUCAUGGAAUUUUGCGCCGAGGGAACUUUAGAGAGCUUGGUAGCAGGUAGUGGCAAUGGCUUGCCGGAAUCUUUGGUCAGAAAAUAUACUCACCAAUUGCUUUCGGCUGUCGCAGCACUCCAUUCUCACGGAAUAGUUCAUCGAGAUAUUAAAACCGCAAAUAUUUUUUUAACAGACGAAGGUAAUUGUCUGAAACUCGGCGAUUUUGGCAGCGCGGUACAAAUUAAAGCGCAUACAACAAUGCCGGGAGAGCUUCAGGGUUUUGUUGGUACUCAAGCCUAUAUGGCACCGGAAGUAUUUAUGAAGUCUGAAAGCAGUGGACAUGGUAGAGCUGUAGAUAUUUGGUCGCUGGGCUGCUGUAUCAUCGAGAUGGCGAGCGGACGGCGACCCUGGUCAGAUUAUGAUUCGAAUUACCAAAUUAUGUUCAAGGUUGGAAUGGGUGAGACACCAGCACUUCCAAAGAAUCUUUCUGCAGAAGGCAUAGAUCUCGUUAAAAAAUGUCUGCAACACGAUCCAAAGAAACGAUGCACCGCGAACACUCUUCUCGCGCAUUCUUUUGCAAGAGGAGAGUACGAAGAAUACGUAAAUGCGGACUUAAUGUCGCGAUAAUUUAGAGUUAUCAAAAAAAUGUAAGUUAUUUGCAAACUUAAUAGUUUUUAAAUGAUAUUUUUUUGACAGAAAAUUAUAAAUACUAGGGAUUUGUUUUACUGGUAAAACAGAUGCAAACGUGUUCGUUGCAUUUAAUCUGAGAACUUAACUAGCAUAGCUUUAGAACCAGUAUUCAUAGUCGAAUCUUUUAUUUAUGAUCUUAAGUAUAAGACUCAACUAUGAAUACCGGCCUAUCUCUCCGACUUAAUUGGAUUAACUUAACUGGUAGCGUGUCUUAGAGUUUGUUUUAAUGAAAGUGAUAUCGUGAAAGAUACGUAGUAUUUGUGUAUAAACCAGAGUUGGCCAAAACGUUGGACAAGGAGGCUCAUGUCUGAUAUAGAUUGUAUAGAGAAACAUUGAAAAUGUUGAAACUUUUAAUUGACGAAAACAUGAAUUGAUACUUAUACCGUACUUAUGAUCAUUAUUUCUGAUAUAAUUGUAUAUAAAUGAACGAAGCUUUCGUUUUCUCAUAAUUGUAGUGAUGAAACUAACAGUGACUAGUGACAGAAUAUUUAGUACUGAAAACAAGUGAAAAAAACGUUAAAACUUCGUAUUUGUUUUAAAAAAAGUGCACUUUUGAUAAUUCGGCUCUUCCUUUCAAGGUCUUUUAAAAGUUCUUUGAUAAUUUGGCCUAAAACUGGAAAGAUUUGAAGAUAAAUUUAGUGAUACAUAAUUAGCAUGAUUAUUUUAGAUUAGUUAGUUAUCAUAGUUACUUACACGUAUAUACGUAGAACAUCAUAGAUGACGAAUGUAUAUACCUAUAAUAUGCGACAGUACAAGAUCGACCGAACACGAUGGCAUACAUUCAUAAGAGAAAUACACAGUUUACGCAAGGUACAUAGGAGAAUGUGAUAAAACAAUAUGUAUCUAUGUUUUCGGUUUUAAUUAUAGAUAAAGCAUAAUUUGUUUUAUAUAAUGCUUGCAUUUAUCGUUUAUAUAUAUAUAAAAAAAAAUAAUAUAUUUUUUGUAAAUCUAUGACUGAACAGUAAAAUGUAAGAACCAUCACAUUCCGAAAGUGAGUAGCUUGAUUCACAAAUGGUGCAAAAAUUUUCAAAUUUACUUACAAAUUGUUUUAGUAUUCUGAACUUAGUAUUAUAGGAAUGUAAGUCUCACAAUUAUAGUUUAAUCCGAUGUUCAUUGAAAGAAAAAGUUUGACGUUGAAAAUGUCGGCGGAUUGCCGGCAGAAGUGAAUAUAGACACGAUGUUGUAAGAGUCUAGUCUUUCGUUUUCGAAAUUUGUAAAACUUGACUCGUGCAGUCACUUGUGAAUCAAGCAGAUAGCUCGUUUCAGCACGGAAUGCGGCUAUUCGAUGCUCAUAUCACAUCGAAAGCCAUAUUUUAUUUUCAUAUUUAAUGUACAAGAAUCAGAUUAGGUCUUCACGUUUAGUUCUAGUUAGUGACCUGAACAAAUUGUAAUUAUUGUUAAAGUAUCUUUAAGGUACAAUAAUGGUAGCUUUGAACGUGUAUGUGUUAUAUAUAUAUAUAUAUAUCUGUGUUAUAUAUCCUAAGUGCUUCGUAGACGAAGCGAAUGAUUUGUUACGAUUGUGGAAUAUAGAUAUUCUAUUUUAAGUAAAAUGAAUAAAUACAACAAAAACAACUGGUAUCCCGCUGGAAUUUAUUUCUGCACGAGGAAAUGUACACACGUGAUACAACAUACUUUGGUGUGGAUCAAUUACUUAGCAGAGGUAUGCUGUGUAUGUGCUUUCCGCGCGAACGGACAGCUCAGUGUAUUUAUUCGAUUACCUAUCGAAAGUUUUAUAUACGCACAGAAGUAAGUAACUUAUGCCACAAAAAGAUUUCAAGUUGUUUUGUGUAUAAGAAUUAAAAAUAGUCACAUACAGCCUAAUAGUUAAUUUUCAAACAAUAUGUUGUAACUGCAAUUGUGUGUUCGGUUAUAUAAUAAACUAUUAGGUGGUGCAUGAAUUCACACUACAUGGCAUUAAAAUAUACAUUUAGAAAUUAUAGUUUCCCAUAGCAUUUCAGUGUUUAAUUAAAUCGAUUUCUGUCCGAUUCAUGUACGAAAAAAAGAGAAUUAGCAUAAAAAAAUUUUAUUAUAUGAGAGAAAUUUGAAAAUAUAAGUCAAGUCUUUAGAAAUUGACUUCAAAAGCAGUUGUAUUAUCUAUAUGAUCGACCAUUAUUGUUUUCAUGUGCUCUUAUAAUGUUUUUUCAAGUAGUAUUUAUAAUCUAACGGGAUUCAAGCAUUCUGAACUUGAAGAACUGAAGAGAACUUAUAAUAAUGCACAUAACACAUUAUCUAUUGACGAUAUUUUCAAGGAACAUUUUAACAACGAUGAAAGCGACCUUCGCAGACAACAAUUACGAAUCGCGUGUGUGAGAACCGCAACGCUUUUAAGACAAUUUUAUAAUUUAUUCUUAUUAGAAAUAUUUUGUGAUAAAAUUAAAUGAAAAAUAUACGACUUUAUUUUGCACAAUCCUCAUAGUUCCGUUUAAGAUAAAUCUUACAUCUAUCAACAGUAUAUUAUAAUAUGUUAUUUUUACUAUUUGUAUGUAUAUUUUAAUUUAUAUACUUUCACUCUUAUCACGCUUUGUCACUAUCAACAGUCUUAAAAACACAUAGUUAAAUGCCUCUAAUAUAUCUCUCAACGUGAUAUUUAUAUGUAAUAAUAGUUUUUACAUAAUUCAACUUCACAUAGACAUCAAUUGUUCAGACGUUUUCGGAGCUAUGAGGGUUUGACAAUUGUUUAUCCAAUAAUUAAUGCGAAAAAUUAGCAGAAGAACCGUUUAUCAUCGCGGUUCACACAACACAAUCGAGAUUAUCGCGCGUGAACAAGGAAUAUUAUAUAUAAUUUAACGCGUCUAUGUAUUUUUCUAUCUACUAUCUAGAGCUUUCUCGCGAGUUGCAUUUCGUUAAUUAAUUAAUUACAUUCGAUUCCUAUCGAAGCAUUUCCUAUUAUCGAUUUAUCAGGAUAUGUUUUAUCCCAGAAUAAGAUCGUCGCUACGGUGGCUUUCGCCUGAUAUGUGUAUGAGAUUCUUGGCCGCAAACUUGCGAUCACAAAAUGGUUUCGCGAUAUGUGAAGUCCGCAUCGGACUACGGAUUGAGUUGGAAUUUGAUCAAUCAGAACAAAAGAAGCCAAUUUUUUCUAAAGUUGAUCGAACUUUGUUCCGAUCAGUUCCAAAUUUUAAUAUAAUCUCGAUCCGUAAUUCGAUACAGACUUAAGUAUAAUUCUUUUAUAAGUACAUAUAUAUAUAAUUUUUUUCUCUGGCCUUACAAACUAGUGAUAAUAGUAUAUUUAUAUAUAUCUUUCUUAGAUCUAGUACAGAACACACUUGCAUGUACCUAUUGUACAUGCGCAGGAUGCAGCAAUGUUUUGGGUCGAAAGUGAGAGAAACAACGCAAUAAACGCGUCUCAACUAAACAUAAAAAUAAUUUUCCAUAUCUAUGCAAUUCGAUCGAAAAAUUACAUUCACUGAUGUACAAUGUGUGUCGUAUCCUGCGUACGUGAAAACAUAAAUGCAUUUUCUCGAAUGCGUAAGUAAUCGUAGUACAAUCGUAUGCACAUAUAUAUAUAUAGUGUUUGUUCACUUUUUCUAACAAUAACGUAGAGACACCGUGCUCUCUCGUACUUUAACUUUCGUAAAAUUUAAACGCGUAACUCUAGGAACAUUCAACGAAGCGAUCGAGCAAACGGUACAAUGCGAUGGAUAAAGCUGACAAGAAGCGGAACGAAGUUUCAAGAAGGAAGAACUAACAAAUUUGUCACAUGGAAUUGCGCUUCUUCGAUUAAAAAGUUCUACUUAAAUUAUUAGAUAUAACAGUUUGAUAUGAAAAAAUCACGUUCUUCAAGAAAUCGAACGUAAUUUUAACGCAACGAUAAGAUGUAACGCAAGUUCGCGUACACGAUUUCGUAAAAUUUGGAUAAAAUCAACAAAUCUACAGCAGCCACAAUUGCGUGAAACUACUCUAUAACAAGUAAUAACUAGUACGAGAAAUCAAGACGCGCGAACACGAAUACUGAGCGCCGAAAAUUAUAUACAUAUGAAGAUCGCGAAGCCGAUGAAAUGCGGGUUCACCUCUACUAUUUAACGUGAUAACGAUUCGAAUGCAUUACUGUUCAGUGAAGUGGGAACAUCCGUAAGUGAGUCAGUGACAAUGACUCUUUACGCGUGUAAUUGGCAUCUGAUAUGUGUUAUAUAGAUAUGUAUAUAUAUAUAUAUAUUAUUUAGAUAUGUAACAGAUGAAAAAACAACUCUUUCCACUUGAUUGAACAGUGUUGUAAGUAAAAAGGCAGAUCUAACGUACGAGCGCAACAAUGUCGGCAUAAAAAUUACGGCAAGCCUAAAUAAACUUGUCUAAAUUGCAGGGUUGAGAGAAUCUAUCUAUCAGUUUCAUUUGUGAAAAUUACACGUGCCAGAAUUUGAGACUCAUUUUUGAUAAUCUCAGCAAAAACAAUUUCACAUAUUCACUUACGCAUAUACAUGUUACUAUAGUUUUGUGUAUCAAAUAACAAUUAGAAUUAAGUUCGAUUAUCGUUGUAUCAUCAGUCUCAACUUCUGGCGCGGAUGAUCAACUACGAUAAGUCGUAUUAGGAAAUAGAAGAAUAGCGCGCGAUAGAGCGACAGAUAUGAGCUACAUCGACAAUCGACCGACUCUCGAGCGGUGCGAUCUCGCCGAUCUACCUAAGAAUUGGACAAGAGUUUACUGUGCGGGCGCCAACAUACGUAUACGAUUGGCCACGUGUAGAGUAAUCCUGCGAUUAGACGAGUCUCGCGCGCUGGAAAAAUCAUUUCGUAAUCAACGUACUGUAAAUAAUUAUUUCACAAAUAUUAUCAAUAAAUUAAAUAUAAUUGCAGAAGAAAAAACAGAAGUCUAAAAGAAAGACAGUCAACGGCCAAUCAACAUUUGUGACGAAAAUAGUUCUUCUAAAUCUUAGAAUAUUCUUUCGGUAAAAAAAAAAAUAAAAACAAA